UGUCUACAGAAAAUGAAGAUUCUUGCGAUUUAAGCAGGCUUGUGCAAAGUAUUUAAGUUUCUCAGGAAGCAUCUCAAUAAGCAAAAGUAAGAGAUUAGACCAAAUGUAAUUAAUUAAUGGAGAACCCAUUCCAACAGUGUCUGAGAUACCUAUAAAAAGCCUUGGACGAUGUUAUGAUGUAAGCCUCACAGACCGCGAGCGACCAGUCCAUGCUUCCUGGCAACGACUGAUGUGUCCACUUACAGUAGAUGACGUUCCUAUCUCAAGAGUUAAGAACAUGGAGAGAAUGAUCAACUUCUACACACACACACACACACACACACACACACAUUCUUGUACUUCCAUAGUUAGGACAAUCAUUAGCAUAAUGCUUCUGCCAGCCCCUAACCCUGACUCUGCACUAACCCUAACCUUAAAACUAAGUCUUAACCCUCAAACAAGCUUUUGAAAAAGUGAGGAUCAGCCAAAAUGUCCUCACUUUCAAAAAUGCCUUUGCUCAAAAGGGUCCUCGCAAAUAAAUAAGUACGCACACAAGUGUAGGAGCUCAGGGGCCAAAGCAUCUUUUCAUCAUGGUUUAUAAUCCACAUAUUUCAUAUGGGACCUGUCCAGGGUGUAACCCCGCCUCUCGUCCAUUGUCAGAUUGGCUAUUGCUCCCCCCACGACCAAUGAAGGAUAAGUGGUAUGGAUAUUGAAUAGAUACCAGGGAGGUUAUGUUUUCACCCCUGUCCGUUUGUUUGUUGGUUUGGUUGGUUUAGCAAAAUUACGCUACUACUGGACGGAACACCACGAAACCUGGUGGAACAAUGUGGUGUGGAUCAAGACAGAGCCCAUUCAACUGUAGUGCAGAUCCAGAUCAGGGGGUUGAUCCUUUACACUUACUUUAACAUUGUGAGAUAUAGGGCGUUUUGAAACAUUUUCCCUGAUUUCUCAGAGAAUAACUCAGGGAUCUUGAUGAAAAUAAACCAGGCAGAUUAGAUAUAGACUGAUAUUAAUGAGUGUGAACAAUCUGGUGCAGAUCCAAAUAAAAACCCUGAUCUAGUAAAUUUGAAAGUGGUUUCAUAUGAGGACUGUUUGGCCUUGGCAGAUAUGCACUCUGCUGAAGACCAUUCUAAUUCUUAUGAUGAGACUUCCUUUAUACAACUUCACCAACCUUUCCCUACUUAUGUUGCAUUGCUUUACGGAGGUCUAUCAUGGAAACAUGUUUGCGUGUAGAUUCCCCUUUAUCCGUAUAUUAAACAAAACUAAGCCGUUUGUGAAUUUAUUUUCAAAAACACAGUUCAGUGUUGCACCACAUUAACAGUGCAGCACCAACAGGUCAUGGACAGGACAUUUCAACGAAGAGCAGUCGUAUAUGUUAAUGGUCCUGAACAUACGGAUCUAAUUUGGUGGGCGACGUACUAUGUGUUCUUGUAUGUUCUUGUGUUUUCAGCAUGACUCAGCACUCUGCAAGUCUGCACUUGCUGUGCUGUGAUUCUGAGAACAAAGCUUUAAACAGAUGCUGCACCUAACCAAAUGAUUCUAAGUUAGAAAAUCUAAUUUUUUCAAUAUUUUCAUGAAAUAGUAAUUUCUCAAUAAUUAGAGAAAUUCAGUAAUUAUUCAGGCUUCUUAUUUAUCACAACUCAGGUUUGUAAUCUUUGUUGUGAUGUGGUUGUUGUUGGUCUGAGGGAGCUUGAUUAUAAAGCCAAGAAGACAAAAGGUAAAUCAGGCAAACCGAGCCACAGACUGUUUGUCACACAGACAGGUUUACGGUCGGCCCAUGGGAACGGCGGGCAGCCCACAGAUACAGUGGGGGUGGGGCCGCAGCAGCAACACAUGCAGUGAUGUAACAGCAUCCCAGCAGUAUUUAAAGGGUGGUUCUCUUCCCCACACGUCUGCAUCCUGUCCAUGCGUCGGUUCACUUCAUUCAUUUUGAUCUUUUCACUUCAAGAUUCUCUGCAUUUCACCAUCACGGAUUUGGAGUAUGAUCUUAAGACCAAUCACUAUAGAAAAAUCUUCUAUGGAAAAACAAGGACAUCAGUUUAUAGCUAGGACAAAGUUCAGCCAGAGGGACACGUUUAGAGAAUCCUGAUCUCAGAAGUUUUUGUCCUAUCACCUAAAAGAUUUUCAGGAGCUUCUUGUCCUGUCCACAUCAAUCAGUUUUCAACCGUCCUUGUGUUGAUCCAAAUAACUCUGGAAAAUGGUUGGAUUUAAACCUGCUGAUGUGCCUCCGUCGGCAGCUGUGAAGUUUUUGGGAGCAGGAACUGCAGCCUGUAUCGCUGACCUGCUCACCUUUCCCUUGGACACAGCCAAAGUGCGACUGCAGAUCCAAGGGGAGGCCAUAAGCUCUGGAGCAGCAGGGAAUGGGUCAGCAGUGAAGUAUCGAGGUGUGUUUGGCACCAUCACUACCAUGGUGCGCACAGAGGGACCCAGGAGUCUUUACAGUGGACUGGUGGCAGGACUCCAGAGGCAGAUGAGCUUCGCCUCUGUCCGCAUUGGCCUCUACGACUCGGUAAAGCAGUUCUACACCAGAGGCUCUGAGCAUGUAGGCAUUGGCGUUCGGCUGCUUGCGGGAUGUACCACAGGUGCCAUGGCGGUUGUGUUAGCUCAGCCCACAGAUGUGGUGAAAGUCCGCUUCCAGGCACAUGCCAGGUCCUCUGGGGUCGCCAGACGCUACUCUAGCACAAUUGAUGCUUACAGGACCAUUGCUAAGGAAGAAGGCAUCCGUGGCCUUUGGAAAGGUACAGCUCCAAACAUUUUACGGAACGCGACGGUCAACUGCACAGAACUGGUGACGUACGACUUCAUCAAGGAUACACUUCUAAAGUCCACGCCCCUGACAGACAACCUGCCCUGCCACUUUAUAUCAGCCUUCGGUGCAGGGUUAUGCACGACAGUCAUCGCUUCACCUGUCGAUGUGGUCAAGACAAGAUAUAUGAACUCUUCUCUUGGCCACUACAGAAGCGUCUUCAACUGUGCUGCUACCAUGAUGACCAAAGAAGGACCACUUGCCUUUUAUAAGGGGUUCGUGCCCUCUUUCUUACGCCUGGGCUCCUGGAACGUGGUGAUGUUUGUUACAUACGAGCAGCUGAAACGAGCCAUGAUGGCAGCAAAUCACAACUGCACAAGAAUUCUGUGAUUCCUACCCGGCAGAAGGCUGAUGUUGCACAGAGAUUAUGUUUACAGAUUUCUUUGCCUUUUGUUUCUUCCUUUGUGUUUAUUUAUACUCAAAGUAUCAAUGUUAUGUGAAUCAAAUUGUGCUUUGAUGGAUAAGGGAAAUAAAACCGAUAAUAAUAAUCAAAGAUCACAGGAUAGAAACAAGUGUAUUAAAAUGGGAUCGAUAUUUAUUUCAAAGCUUUUUUGAUCAGAUGCUUUCUGUCAGGGGAGAGCUUCUCGGGGAACUGGAUGUCGAAAUGAAUAAUGAGGUCUCCUCUCUGUGAAGGAUCCUGGAACAGCGGCAUUCCCUCUCCAGGCACCACUUUUCUGUAUUUAGGGCUGAAACAACAAAUCAGAGACAGGAAAAUCAUUAUUGAUGGAGAUGAGGCACAAAGCCAAAACAAAUCCUUGUAGUAAUGUUCCUGUUUAACUGUAUGGGUGAUGUGAACUAUUUGAAUUGAUCUCUCUCAUUUCUCAUCUCUCCCUGUUCUGAUCUUAACAUUUAAAAAAUUCAUCCAGCCUUUAUAAUAUCUGAGAUCCAUGUAAAAUGAAUAGUACAAAGAAAAUACAAUAUUGCAAGUAUUACAGAUUUCCACAUUGGCCCCAGUAUAGAAAAGCACUUACUGCACAAUGUCGUUGAUGGGAAUAUUGAUUAGCCUUCCAUCUAUUGUCUGCACAUUCACAGAGAAGCCAGUCAAGGCCUGUGGAAGAUGGUUUUUUUUGUUGUUUUAGUUGUUUUUUUAUACCAAAUCUUUAGGUUUAACUGAUAAAAAACACAUGUUAUAUGACUCACCAUCUCCAGAGAGAUUUGGGUCUUGUAGAUCAGAUCAUCAUCUUGUCUUUCAAACAGAGGAUGACUCUCCUGCUGCACUAUGAACACAAUAUCUGCAGGGAUGCUGUUGGGUCCCAGCUAUAUAGUCAGAAGAUUAAAAAGCAUGUAAAAAGAAUUUGAUGACAAUCAUUUCAGUGUGCCUGAGUUUACAUACAAAGUGCGACUAGAUGUUAGAGAGGGAUCUUCUGAGGACACCUAGUGGUGAUCCUUUGGAAAUACCACCAUACCACAACUGAAUGAUUAAAUAAGCUUCACAAAAAUGUAAUUUUCUUACUUGUUCAUAUUAAACUCUUAUUUUUCUAGUG